UUGAGGCGCUCCAGGGAUUUAGCGAGCAUGCCCAGUGCGCCCCUCUCAGCAGCAGAGGAAACCACUGGUGCAGCAUAGAAGUCAUACCAAGCAUAGCCUGCGUGUCAGUGCAGUCGACUUACAGCUGGCUGUGAGGAGAACUGACGCUACUCUCUUUUAGUUCUUUAUCACCGCGAUACAUUCACUCGUGUUUUUCAAAAAAGUAUUCUAAAGUCAUUAAAAACACAGGGGAAUCUAGUUAUUAGUCCUCUUCGUGGGUUUUUUUUAUUUUAUAGAGGGGGUUUCUUCCAAACUAAAGUUGGAGGCUGGGCCUUUAGCUUUCUGACCGUCGCUUGAGAAGAGAAGAAAAAAGCUGGUCUUUUUUUUUGUGCUAACAACUCGAUAAAUGCUUCUAACGAAAAUGGACCUGUUGAACUACCAAUACCUGGACAAAAUGAACAACAACAUCGGCAUUCUCUGCUACGAAGGUGAAGCAGCUUUGAGAGUCGACCCCAGACUCCAAUCCCUGUCCCUGUCCUCGUCUUCCUCCUCCUCCUCCUCAUCGUCCUCGUCGUCAUCUUCCUCCUCCAUUUGCAGCCACAGGACGGGUCCUCCUCCCAUCAGCCCCACCAAAAGGAAACUGAGUGGGGACCAGGGGGACAGCGACAUGGACGACAAUGAACACGUGGCGAAGAUGAGCCGGCUGUUUGCUUCACAGCUGAAACCUAACGGAGACUACCGCAGCUCUCCCCUCUCCAAGGACCGCAGCCGAAGCCCCAUCGAGCGUGUGGUGGUGCCCAGUGCUCUGGGAGUCCAUGGCAACCACCUGUACAGCCACGCCCACCACCACCAUCACCACCAUCACCACCUGGCCAGCUUAGCCAGCAUGGACCAGCCACUGGCACUCACCAAAAACAGCAUGGUGGUUGAGUCGGCACGCAGCAGCACGGCAGCGAUGGCCACAGUGCCGCACACAGUCAGUGCUGUGGAGCGCCAGCAGAAUCGUCCUUCAGUGAUUACCUGCGCCCCAGCCAACAACCGCAACUGCAACCUGUCUCACUGUCCGGUUUCCCACAACGGCUGCUCAAGUCUCGCCAACAACUACAGGAGAAUCAACACCAACACAGCCUGUGACCCGGUGAUCGAGGAGCAUUUCCGCCGCAGUCUGGGGAAGAACUACAAGGAGCCCGAGCCUACUGCCACCAACUCAGUGUCCAUCACAGGCUCUGUGGACGACCACUUCGCCAAGGCCCUGGGCGAGACCUGGCUGCAGAUUAAAAACAAGGGGAGCCCCUCGUCGUCCGGCAGCAGCCCAAACUCCUCCCCCGACAGUCGCAUGGUCAAUCACAACCACUCCCCUUCUCUGGUGUCAUGAAUGAGGACGAGUUUCAGAGGGGUUGGCCCCCUCCAUCCCCAGCCCUCCAAAUCAACCCCGCUUUAACGCCCAUGCCCCCUGUCAGAUGUUCUGUCACCAGCAUCCCUGAGGGAAUGCCUGCCUGCUGGUCUGCUAAUAACACCCCAAACCCCUGAAUCCUGCACUCUGUUUCUAUGCACUCAUAGAGGAUCAAUCAAGCAAUAACGACGUGGUUGUUUUUUUCCCCCUUCUGUGCCGUGGUUUGUUAAUGCCGGACAGUAAUCAGUAAUGAGCGAUGAGGGUUCGACUAUGGGACUUGACUGGAGCAUCGAGCUGCUCCAUCCAAUCAUUCAUCAGCCCUGCGUGUCAAGCUUGGAGCGGAGCAAGUGUCUGUAGUUAUAUGUACAUACAGAGAGGAGAGGAAGGAGUUGUUUUAAUUAUUAAUUUUCUUCUUUUGUUUUUUGUUUCCUUUGUUUCUUUUAACAGUAGUUUUGUGUACUGCUUUUGCCUUAUGAGAUGCCCGACAAUUGAAAGAAAAGAUAAGCGAGAAACUCUUUGGAUAAAUGAUCACAUACCACCUGACUGUGCUACCAAAGAAACCUCAGACACUGACGUUUACCAACGCCCACGAGAAAGAAACAAUACAACAACCAGCCAUCAUGUCAUCUCCACCUUCUGUUUCAUCAUCUUUCUCUCUCUCAACUUCCCCGCCUGUGAAGCCUGUGUGUUCUGGUGGCUUUGUUACUGCAUGUGCACACUUGGAUGAUUGACUUGGUCUGAUUUGCACUACUGCUGUAGAGAGUCAAACGGUGUCAGGAUAGAAAUCUGGCGCUGCACACUGGGACUGAAAAUGCUCAUUUUGACCUAAUCUGAUAUAAUCCAGCUUUUACUGGAGCCUCUAUUUGAUCUUAGAUCUACCUUGGCUUAACCACAUUCUUCAUUACAAUGCAUGAGUCAUCUCUGCAUUCUGAAACAGAUUUGGAUUGUAAACAAAUCAUACCACCACCGUACUUACACGCUCUAUGAGUAGGUUGUGAUCAGCUACCAAACACUGAGUUGUCUGCAAAGUGAUGCUAAGUGGUAUCAGCCAAGAUUCGUGCCAAGCUGAUGUAUUUCAUUCUAUAAGCACAGUCAUCUCAUUAAGUCAGCUCAAUGUGUGGAUGGACCUCACAGCUAUCAUGUAAUGAGAUCAGUAUUGAUGUACAAACCUGAAGGUGGUUCCAUCUGAACAAUGAGCUUUGAUGUGUUUCACAGACUUACCUGCUGACAGUGAUGAGGGGGAUAGAUGAUGCUGCACGUCACUUUGUGGUUGGAAAAAAAAACAAAACACGUCUGGUUUCUCGACCGGGGGAGAGAAGAUUAUUCGGAUCUCUUCAAACACACCUUUGAUUUUUGUAAGCCUUUGAACACAGGUGUUGUAAUUAUGUUUGGCUUCCACUCUGCUGUCCCUCCCUCUCCUUCACUCUGUGGUUUGGUCAAUUUUCUUCAAGGUUUGAAGGGUAAACUAAUGCUUUUACACAUGCAUGUUUUGUUUUUAUUUUCUGUUUUGUUUUUUAAUAGCUGGUAUCUAUUAAUAUUUUUAAGCAUUUCAAUCUUAACUACUAUUAGCCUUUUCAUUCGGACGUUAGUUGUUACUUCUGUCAUCGUCAGUAACAGACAUAGACACUAUACACUCACUGCUGGGUCAGUUGUACUCCAUGUUAUUAUUGUUAUUGUUAUAUUACAGUUUUGUAUUGUUGUUUUCCAUUAAUAUCAGUAUGGUAACAAACAUCUGUAGCGGGACAGCCUCCGGACAGGCUCUGUGUAACGAUGAGAGCUGCGUCUCCCAGCACCUCCUCAUCACGUGUUGAGGUCGCUUUGGAUGUGCAGCCUGUAAAGGUUUUUAAAGAUGUUGAUCCAUCGGUGGUACAGGAUGCUACAACCUUCAGCGUGACUGAGCUGAGACACCAAACAGGCACAGAUCAGUCAACAGGGCCUUGUUUGAGGGCCUUGAACGCAUCACAUUAGAAAAAUAAUGGAGUUUAUUCUCAUGAUCCUGCUGAAAAACAUCACUUCAUACUAGUCUGUAUUAAAGUUCUUGCUGCAGUAUGACAAGUAUUUUGAUGAGCACGGUCUAGAAUAGUGAUGCGUUCAGGAAACAUGGUGUUUUAGUAGGAGCUAAUAAUGACUUUUUUGUGUCCUGACUUGGUGUCCAGACAUUUUUUUUAUACUUCAAUGCUUUUUUGCUCUGAACAACAUUUUGAUGUGGCUGCAGUUUAGCUAGACUGCUGCAGUCUGAGAAAAUGGGCCUGCGCCAAGGUUGCAUACAUUCCUCCUAUAGGGAACUUUGUACAGGCCUCAUACACACUCAGAAUCUCCAUGUAACUACACAAAACCAGCCAUGUAGAGCUUUGCGUCUGAAUUGGGAAUGCAAUAAGGCCACUUUUACAUAUUUUUUGGGGUUUGUCAUUAAAUAAACCAGCCAUGAAUCAGUAUCAUAUAAGAAAGGAAGAAAGAAAUGUUUAGGCUUUGAUAUAUUUGAGGACAUUCAGAGCAAAGGGUUUAGAGGACAGGGGUCUGUGAGAAAAGUAGCAAAGUUAGCAGAGGAUAAAAGAUGAUGAGGUCAUUUGUUUGCUUUAGGUCAUUUUUUAUAAAGCAUCGGUCACAGGGUUCUCUAAACGGAGGCAUGCUCUGAUGUCCACACAUUCCAUCCUCAACUAUCAGAACAGAUGUGACAGAAACAGAGCUGACGGUCAAAGUUCUAGGCUCUGUGGAUACAGUUUUCUAUCAUAUUACAACUGCUAGUGAAUGACUUCAUUUGAGAAGUAAGUGCUCAAUGAUCAAAACGUGCUCUCAGUGACAGGUUCAGAGUGGUCUGGAUGAUGUUUUUUUUUUUUUGCAGGCAGGUUUUGGGGGCGGCACAGCUUCAGAAGCUGAGCUUCUGUAAGCAUGACCUGUGAGCCAGGAGACGCUCAGCUGCCACUGGAAGUCUUUUUUCAGGUCUCACAGUGCUGCCUCCCCCUCCUCUCAGAUUCAGUUGACCCUGAUAUAAGUUUGGAUGUUGUUAGCAACAUGCUAAAAAAAACAGGAGGGAAAAAAAGGGCUCAGUGUCCAGAGGAUUUUGUUUUUCUAUUAUUCUUCUUUCUCAUUAUCAUUUCACUACCACCCUGUAGGUAGGAGGCUCUCUUUCUGCUUCGGCACACACUCCCUACACACUGUAGGAAAAUCACUUAAUAAAAAAAUACUUUUUUAUAAUAGGUAACUAUAAGACCAUCAUUACGCUGUGCGUAACGAAUGUACAGAGAAAAAAAUCGUAGGUAUUUUUUGAGGAACAAUUAAUUUGUUAAUGAUAUGUAGCUAUUUAAUUGUUGGUUUUCCCUGUCCUUAUAUUGUAAUCAUUGCAUUUUUCUUUUUUGUGAAAAAAGUUGAUCUUUUUUGUUUAUAGAGUUUGUUGUGUUAGAGAAAAGGUUCAAGUGCAGGAACACAGUAAACGUAUGAAACCACAAUACGCCACCAGUGUGUCGGUGACAGUCGCUACUUCCAUUGAUGCCUGAUGUUCUGCAGUUAUCAGACCUGUGUUCAGAAGUUUCACUUGUGAGUAAAAGGUUGUUCUUUUGGGCGCCUCUUGAAAAAUGUGCAUGUUUUGCAUUGAUGAAACCGAAAAGUUUGCCACUAGCCCAGUGACUCAUGCCACCCUUUACCAAUCAUUUCUUUUAAUAAUUAAAAAUAAAUGAAAAUAAACACUGGUUCUGGGCUCGAUGGCAGGUAAAAUCCCCACUUCUGCAUGUAAGCAGUAAAAAUAGCGACAUUUAAAGGUCUGAUGAUGUUUGAGGUCAACAGAUGGGAACUAAUAAGUAAAAGCAUCAGAUAUAGGAAACAUUAGUCACUGUGGUUCAUGUGAACUGAAAUUAAAACACCAAAAUUAAACAGAUGAAAAUCUGUCAGCAUUUCCAUAAUCUGCUUUGUUGCCAGUCAGUGAGGCUGAGAUGAUCUGUUGAGAAAAUGAGCCUUGGGGUUGUCGCCCUUUUAUCUGAUAGCGACAUUCCCAUCUGCGGAGGCCAGCCACCAUCUGUAAUCAAGUGAACAUGAAUAAUGAGCAGAUAAAUCAAAAAGGAGUUGGUCCCUUCUGUGACUGUACCACAUUGUGCAGGUCCCUUUUGGAGUGGAAGUAGCAUGUACUUAGUGGUAGUAAUACUCUGAACUGUAAAACAAGACAAUUGUAUACAGACAAAUUUGUGGCUCUGCGUCUCCUACUAAAAAGGUUUUGGCAGGCCACCUUUUUUGUACGUAAAGUAGCCUUGAUGAACAAUAAAAUGCUUUUAAACUAC